AUGACGACUGCACACAGACCCACGUUCGACCCUGCCCGGGGUAAAGAUGCGCAGAGAGGCCCAGCAUACCAUCAACGUCUGCUACCAGCUCACACGCAACUGAAAGUCCGACAGCCAGGACAAGGCGGCGAUGCCGACCACGAAGUUCGCGACCUGCGCGCAGAACUACUCGCAGCCGAAGCAGCCCACUUUGCCAAAGUAAAGGGCGGCCCAGCUCCUACGCCUUCAAUUGCAGAUUCGGAGGUGCAAACGAAUACGGCGAAGAGACAGCUUGAGAAUGGCGAGGAGGAGGAUGUGGAUGCUAAGCGGAGGAGGAUAUUAGAAGAGACGAGGGAUAUUGAUGCAGAUUCAGAGAAUGAUGAGGAUGAUGAUAGUAGUGACGAUGAUAGUGAUGAUGAGGACGAGACUGCAGAGCUACAAAGGGAACUGGAGAAAAUCAAACGAGAACGAGCCGAGAAGAGAGAGCAGGAGGAGCGAGAAAAGGCCGCCGAAGAAGAGGCUGCGCGGGAACAUGAUAUUGCUCUUGGCAACCCUCUCUUGAAUCCCAAAGCCGAUUUCAACGUCAAGCGCCGAUGGGAUGACGAUGUAAUCUUCAAGAACCAAGCUCGCGGGACCGAGGACAAGGGAAAGAAGAAGGAAUUCGUCAAUGAUCUUCUCCGAUCUGAUUUCCAUAAACGUUUCAUGAGCAAAUACGUGAGAUGA